AUUCCUUGGAGACUCUCGUAUGGUCUGAACGUCCUAGAUGCAAAGCACGAAAUGGGAAGAUUUUUCUCUGGGGAAUUCCUUGCCUUCGUGCUAUCAGUAGAUAACCUAUCUCGCCAGCCAUCUUCCAAUAGACAGCUGGAGGUGUGUACAUUUUAGCCAAUUAGGGGCAAGAUUUUGCGCACGAAAUCGGCAGAAUUUUGAACUGUGAACGGACUUGGUGUUCCAAAGAAAAUUUUAUUUUGAUUGAAGCCACAUGUAUAAAAGCAGCCGUGAUUCUAAAGCACCCCAUAACAAAUCCAAGUAACCAAGUCUCCGCGAAGCACCUCACAGCAGAAGCAUCCUAAAGAAACAUCAUGACUACCGCAGUUGCCUAUCGUAGCUUUGACGAACAUCAAGAAGUCGAGGAUACCAUCCCCAUGCUAGAUCCAUCCGAACUCUACCGUCCAGAAAAGAAGAAAAUAGAAGACUUCAGGCUCUAUUCUGAAGAUAAAGAGGAUCCAAUACAAGCAAGAGUACGUGAAACAUACCUCAACAUGCAUACUUACCAAACUGUAGACUUUGUUUUAUCUAAGAUGGCAUACUGGUCUAAAUUCGACAAGGCUCGUAUGACUGCAAUGGAAGCUCUUGAGAAACUGAACUGCUUGAUCGAUGAAAGUGAUCCUGACGUAGACAUUCCGAACAUCGUCCAUGCUUUCCAAACUGCAGAACGCAUUCGCAAGGCUCAUCCUACUCUCGACUGGUUCCAUCUCACAGGUCUGAUACAUGACCUUGGUAAAGUAAUGGCACUCUAUGGAGAACCUCAGUGGUGCGUGGUUGGAGACACUUUUCCAGUAGGAUGUGAAUUUGCUCCUUCUAUUGUCUACAGGAGGACAAGUUUCGCAACGAAUCCCGAUCUCUACAAUGCAAAGUACAACACUCGCCUCGGCAUGUACACUGAGAACUGCGGUCUGGAAAAUGUCAUGAUGUCAUGGGGCCAUGAUGAAUAUAUGUACAGGGUUCUGAAGCACAACAAUAGCAAAUUGCCUGAGGAAGCGUUGUACAUGAUUAAGUUCCACUCCUUUUACCCAUGGCACACUGGUGGCGACUACGAGUAUCUCACAAGCAACAAAGAUGUGGAAAUGAUGAAAUGGGUGCGAGAAUUUAAUAAAUUUGACUUGUAUUCUAAAUCUCACGAAGUUCCUGACAUUGAAGCACUAAUGCCUUAUUAUCAGUCCCUGAUUGACAAAUACAUUCCUGGAGUUUUGGAGUGGUGAACCUGAUUAAUCGAAGGAGGAAUAUCUGAGAACCAGAAACAGCACAGUACUUCAUAUGGUGCUUAUCAUAAGCUACGUUAUGGCUGUUAACAUAAAACUUUAAUAGGCUCCUUAUCUGUAUAUGACAGAUCACAAACUUAUAUAGAUUUUAUUUGCUAUGGACAUUGCUGAUAUAGAGCAAUUUGAACGCGAUGCAUCAUAAUGAUGCACAGUUUUUUCUCUAUAUUGGAGAUUUUAGGUAUGAAUGGAAGUCAUGUUUUUCACUAUCAUUUGUUUUCAGUUAUGUAUGGAUGUAAUUUAUCUUUAUAUUAUGUUUCGUAUGUUAAUACGAAGUAUGGAUGAGUUAUGUAAAAUAAAAUGUUUUUAUUAUAUUCA